UUGGCGUUUUUUAUUCUCCUAGUAGAUUGUCAUUUGGGAACUCGCUACAAUGACUGUACAAGUAGACACAUUUCCCCCUACAGUCAAGGCUGGAGGCAUUGAUAAUGCUGCUAUAGUCCGUGUUCCAGAGUCUGACGAGUAUUCGUAUCUCACAAACAGUGACGUGCAUCCAGAACCAGCAAUGCAGGGUUUGAUUAGUUUGGUUCUAGAACAAGGAGGAAAAGUAACGCUCAGAGGGCCUAUCGGUGAGAAGAGUAUUGUGGAAUUGGAUAGUGGAAAAGAGUUUGUCUAUGGAAUAGUUGCAAAACAGUACAAGGUGUUUGACGACGAACAAGAUUUUGAUGGAUGUUGGAAGGGAUCGCUUCAGUUUUCCAAAUUUAGAUGGGCGCUAAAGUCACUCGAACCCGCAACAGAGGAGGAAUUUGAAAAGGCACAAGAGCAAGUGGCCCCGGUCCCCGACAAGGCGGACGGCGAGCAGCUCUACAACAAGGGUCUCGCCGCCAUCAAGGCGGGCAAUCACGAGGAAGCCAUCUCCAUCUUGACUCUGGCCUUGACAACGUGCGAAAUUGAUGAGGAGGCAGAGGACGACGACAAUGACGAUCCCCAUGCUUCCCUCCGCUUGCAAAUUCUGACUGCCCGUGCUCAAGCCUCCAACGCCCUCGGUGCGUGGCGUGCCGCCGUUCGUGACGGUGAGCUCGUCGAGCGCAUCUACGGUCGCCCUGUUGACGCCCUCAACAGCCUCAAACCCGCCGAUGCCGGUGUCUACUUUCAUUCCAUCCUCGCCUCGGCAAAGGCAAACGAGGCGCUCGGCAACCUCGUCGCCGCCGGAUCAGGGUACAUGGCCAUCAUGAUCCUCAACAUGAUCAAGGAGCAGGCUGCUGAAUUGUCAACAGAGGGCCAAGAGGUCCCUGAACCCGUGCCUGCCGACGUGGCAGACAGUCUCAUCCAACAAGCCUCGGCUGCCCUCGAGAAACUCGAGCAAGGCCCAAACACCACCACAAUCUUCACACUCAAAAUAUCCCUAUUGGGCAUCGAACCCCCUGUUUGGCGAACCAUUAAAGUCACCGCCAACACGACCCUCGGUGAGCUGCGCGAGUACAUUAUCAUGGCCUUUGGCUGGUGUGGCACGCCCAAUGUGCACGAGUUUGAAAUCUAUGAUCACGGUGUCGUCCGCUUCACCACUAUCCCUGACGACUUUGUCAUUCCCGACGAUCAAGACGACGAAUACGAUGAGCGCCACGAAAUUUGUGAAGACGAAGAGGCCACCACGGUCGGUUUGGCCGUGUCGCAGGUUGGCGACACCUUUACCUUUAUUUACGAAAAGGGCGACUGGGUCCACCAAAUUGUCGUGGAGGAGGUGUCGGAACAAGUGUUGCCAGAUGCUUGUUGCGGCCAUGAUGAGGAGGGAGACCACGAGCACAACCACCAACCCGAAUUCCCCAAAAUCAUUGCCGGCGCCCGUGCCUGUCCCCCCGACUCUGUCGGCGGCCCGGCCGGUUACAAGGAGUUUUUGCUGGCCGUUAAUGGCACCCCUUCUGAAAAGUUUGCAACGCGCCUCGAUGCUCUCAACUUUGCCGCCGAAAACGUGGGACUUUCCAACAGUGCCCUCGACUCUUGGGGCGGCGCUACCAAGCGCCCCAUUGAAGAUAUGCUCGCUGGCUUAACCUUGGAGGACGACGAAGAAGAGAACGCUACCGACGACACACCCAAGGAUGUCAACAAGGGUGGAUGGGACCCUGAAGCGUUCCAGUUGGAGGAAGUAGGCAAAGCCCUGGGCGCCAUUGCAGCCAUGAUGGAGCAAGGGGAUGAUGACGACGAGUGGGAGGAUGAAGAGGACGAUGAAGAGGAGGAUAUCUAGAUUUAUUUUUUCUUGUCUUUUCGUUUUUGUUUUUGUGUGUGUGUGAUAUACAUGUGGAUACAAGGACCUCGUAUAUGAUUUUUUAGAUCUGUCAAUAUAUAUUUUCGAUGACUUUUUGUAAUCUUUGCGUCUUUGGACCACGAACUCUGACCCCUUUGAACCUCGAGCAAAUCAUGUAUAGGCAAGGGGUAAC